AUGCGUCUGACUCUGGUCUCAAUACUUUUCGGAACUGCCCUUGGCCUCCAUCAUGGCCAGCCAGCGGCAACCAGCUCGACAAAUUACAACAACUUGACUGUCGCUAUAGUGCGCGCACCACCGGCAAAUUGGCCCCUUCCUGUGAUGAACAAAAACUGGACCGACGUGAAGUUUGAUCUCAAUCAGACGGUAGUCAAAGCCACGCACCUUAUCAAAGAUGCUGCCGAUGCUGGAGCCAAUCUGGUUGUCUUCCCUGAGCUAUGGUUUCCCGGAUAUCCCAAAGGCAUAGCGGACAGCAUAUCCAUGAAAGACCAUAUCAAGAACUAUUUCGAAAAUUCUCUGGUCAUCGACAGCCCUCAAUGGAAGACCCUCAUUGCUGCUGCCAAACAUAACCAGGUUUACGUUGUUCCGGCAUUCUCGCAUCGCGAAGGUGACUUGAUCUACAUGGCGCAAGCACUCAUCUCGCCGGAGGGAAAGGUCCUUCUGCUUCGCCACAAGCUGCGACCAUCGGGAGGCGAACGUGAGAUCUGGUCCGACGGAACCAUUGAGGAUCUCAAAGUGAUCGCGACUCCAUACGGUCGCUGGGGUCUGUUGGAAUGCUGGGAACACUUCCACCCCGCUAUGACCUUCAAUAUCCAGUCCCAGAAGGAGACACUACACAUCGCGUCCUGGCCAUUCACUCCUGAUGAAGGUGCCUCCAACGCAUUGCCCUUUGAAACUGCUGAGGUAAAUGUGGCCGCUGGUCGGACCUACGCCGUCAAUACGGGCGCGCCGCUUGUUUUUGCUAGUGUCGGAAACGUGCGCUUCAUCGAUAGCAGUGGCCUUGAUAUCAAGGUCGUGAAUGCAUCUGUCUCCUUUGAGGAUGUCCCGUUGGUGUACACAUCCUUCAACACAACGGGACUUGCAGAGACAGCGCCGUAUGAUGCCGACGCAGAGCAAUCCUGGGGAAUUCUGGGACAGAUCAACGCGGGAUUCCCAUCGUACAUUCCAAACGUUCUAGGCAAACUAGUUCCGCAUAAGAAUGUGUCUAUCUCAGGUCUCCUUGCCCUUCUUGGUUGA